AUGCAUCACGUCGAAGAACCAAUCGCUCAGAUGGAGGACUUCAACAUGCUCAGUGAUAGUGAUAUGGAUAUGGUUGAUGGGUUGGUGCCAAAUUCUGCCGCCUGUGGCUUCAUCCCUACCUCCAACCCCGCUGAUUUCAAGGAGAAUAUACCUCCUCCAGCAGAGGAUGAAGGCACCAUCGACGACGAUGCUACCGAUGUGGCUACCGAGGUAGCUACCGAGGUUGAUCUCAACGAAGUCAUGGAGGACUUGGACAUCGAUCAUGACUAUGAGGCGUCCGAGAGUGGGGAUGAUAGCGAGUACAGUGAGGAGGAUAUGGACCUUGCAGAUGGCGAUAGUGAGCAAGGUGUCGAUAGCGACUGGGGGGAUGAUGAAGAACGGACAAAAGCUGAAGAAGAGAAAGAAGAAGAAGAAGACUACGAUCCCGAAAACGCGCCCAUCAAUAAAACCAGUGUUGAUCGCAUCGAAGACACCUUCGAUCAUCUGUAUGAAAAUGACGAACGUCCAUCAUCUUCUCAUCAUAAUGAGGAUGAUAGCAUGGAAGAUCUGGUCUACGAGGAUACCGAAAGCGAUGAUUCUGGAUCAACUGAGUCUGAUGAUGGAGACAUGGAGGACAUCUCAACCGACGACCAGGAUGAACCUGUCUGUUGCAUCUGCUCGAAAAUGGAUAUGUCAGACGAUGAGGAUGAGAGUGAUUCUGGAGAUGAUUCUGAGGAUGAUUCUGAAGACGACGAUAAAUACGUCGACGACGACGAAGACGACGCUUUCCCUGGAUGCGACUAUCUAGGAUUGGCCGACUAUGUGGAAGGGCGCGAUACGAAGCAGGGAAUUAUGCAUGAUCUACGCCCAUCAAACCAACCGUACCCAGAAGAUCCAACGGCGAAACUACAUGUGUUGAUUAAAAUCACAACCUACAGUCCACAUACCCUAAUUCGCGUCCCCGUGAAGCCACUAGCCCUUUCAUCCAGGGUCUUCGCCGAAAUCUUCGGCUAUCAAGAAACCGGCGACGCACAGCCCAACAACCAGGCUCGCUGGGACGAGGAUGAGCUUGUCUGGGUGGAAGAUCUGUCGUUCGAUUGGCCCAACCCCGCAGCUAUGCUAUGGGUUCUGCGGGCCCUGACCAGGGGAUGGGUCGAUUGGCCAGGAUCUAUUGAGCUUGUGUUUCUCAAGGACAUCGCUGUCAUUGUGAAUAGAUUCGAGCUACGAGAUGCUAUGAAGCCCUUUUCGGCUGCCUGGCUGGGAAGCACCUGUGUGAGACCAAAAAGAUAUGUGCCCUCACACAAAGAGCUUGUGGACUGGGUGUUGUUCAUUACUUGGGUAUUUCAGUCUGGAUCCGGACGGGAUUUCCGAUAUGCUACGCGUGGUGUGAUUAUGGAUUACACGUUCAAGUCCAAGCCAAAAGACGGACUUCUGCCCAGGGAUAUGUAUGAAGCUAUUUACCAGGCUCGAUCGGAGCUGUGUCAAAGCUUUGCGGAAAUUAUCCGGGAAUACUUGGGUUUCAAGCCUGAAAACGAGCAGAAGGGUCUCUGGAACUUCUGUGAGCAUCAAUCACUGGAUCCUUGGAUAUCUAUUCUUACGGCCUUGGAAAAUCCAAGCCCGUACAAGGUGUCGCUGAGUCGUGUUCAUCAGAAGAUGAAAUCGCUGGUGUUCAACUCCCCCAAACCUGAGACUUUAUACUGUGCGUGGUGUGAGGGGACAUGGAGAACCCUACAAGCCUGCGAAGAUGAGAUGCGACGGACACUGGGGAUCGACUGUGAUGGUAAUCAGGUACAAGAGUCCGACGAAUGCGACGCUACGACAAUCCCCGGUGCAGCUUGGUAUUAUCCCAACCCUUAUGAUGCUGCAAGCAAUAUCAAGGACCAUGUGGCGUUUUACACGACAGAGAGUAUUAAAGUGACCGUGGAAUGA